GAACCAGUCCCUUGUUCUUCAGUGCUACUCGAAUUUUCCGGUUUCGUCAGCAGAUGAUCCCUUUCUCUCCUGGCAUCCCCUGGUUCCUGUGGAAAAAUUCGACCCCAUGGUUCGGGACAUAGGAUAGAAAUCGGGGGUGUCUCUCGUUUUUUUUUCUAGGUUUUUCCCUUGACACUGUACGACUUCUUCGGGUUUAAGCUUUUUUAUAUCCCAUCCCAAGCGCGUGCCCUCAGAACAGACCUCUCGCACAAAACCUUUUUAUACUCUUGAUCCUUUGAGCCCACCAAUUGCUUGAUUGGGAUAUGGUCCAACACAUAGAACCGGUGAUUCCGCCGCCACCGGGAAUCACCUCCAACUUUGAGCAUCCGCACGAUGCCUUGCACACGGUGAAUAAGGUCACCCAGAUCCUGUGUCUAGUGGUCACCACGGUGGUGGUGAUCAUCCGUGCGCUCGUCCGCAUACACUUGCACCGGAGCCUCAACUUAGAAGACUAUGCAACCUUUGCUGGAUGGGCCAUGUUUACGGGUUUCUGUGCCUGUAUGCUCGUGCUCAACAAGCAUGGCGGAGGAUAUCAUGGCUGGGACGUUCCGAAGAGCAGCUUCAUCAGCUUCCAAAAGGCCUCCUAUGCCACCACCAUCAUUUAUGUCCCGAUGGUUUUCACAGUUAAACUGGCCCUUCUGUCAGUCAUGCUGCGCAUCUUCGCCCCCGACCGCAAGAAGGUCCUCAUCAUUUACAUCAGUCUAGCGAUUCUGGUGUGCUACUACGUUCCAGCACUCUUCAUCAAGGUGUUCUUUUGCCGCCCUGUGUCGGCGUACUGGCUCGGUACAGACAACGGCGGCACUUGUAUCGACCAGCAGAAGGUGAUCAUCGCCGACUCGGCAAUCAGUAUGAUCAGCGACCUGUGGAUUCUGGUCCUGCCCAUUCCCAUGCUGUGGUCAUUGAACAUGACCGUCGUUAAGAAGCUGCGCGUUAUUGGCAUGCUCGGGGCUGGUGGUCUGGCCACGGCAUUUAGUAUUUGGCGACUGCAGAUCAUGGUGGAUGAAGGCCAGACGCCGGAUGUAACGUACUUCUGGAUUCGAGCGGUGUUGACUGCAAACGCCGAAGCCGGCAUCGGACUCAUUUGCGCCUGUCUCCCAGCCAUGAGCGCACUCUUCGCCACCGUCAAGAACAAGAGCAGCCAGGACGCCAAGAACAGCUACCUGCGCUCCCACGAGCUGGACCACUGGCAGAAGAUCUCGACGCAGAAGCGGAGCCGCGCGGACAGCUUCUCGUACGUUGGGAACCCGCAUACCGACCAGGCCCAUCUGAUUUCGACGGCGCAGGGCGCCGACCACGACAGCACGUGGGCGCCCAGCGAAUCGUCGCAGAAGGGGAUGGCCGAUCGGCCGGUCAUCCAUAAAGAUGUGACCGUGUCACAGAGUUAUGAAUUUGUGAAAUAGACUGCUUGCUUUCUAUUUCUGUCACGCCAGUGCAUAUGUUUGGGUACAUGGGUAUGGUUUGAGGGAUGGGCGUGUUUUCCAUAUGUAUAUAAUAAUCCAUAUCGAUGAUGACCUUAAUCUAUUUUCUAAUGCAGACGUACCUCGCGCUGAAUCCACACG